UAUAUAUAUAUAUAUUACUUGAAAAAGAAUUUGUUUUUUUCUGAAAUAUUAUUUGUAAGAGUUCCCAAAUGGGUGUCCCCUCUGAUCCUUUCCCCUUUUCUUGCUCUUAGCAUAUUCAGAGAUAGGCAUGAAUCAUGAGACUUUUGUUUGUUGCAGGUGGAAGGAAAGGAGAAGGGGGAGGAGUUAUCGGCUUUGAUGCUCGAAUAUGAUCCAUGAUUGUGCAACAAUUCUGGGUUUGCAUUGCUGAUUGUCAGGGGAUGAAGAAAAAGAUGUUACUCGCCGAUAAUUCCGUGAUAUCUAUAUAUUUAGCAUUUUUAUCCUUCCCAAUCUGUGCUGUUAUUUCUCGAGGAUUUUGAACUAUUGAGUUUGAAAUAAAAUCUAUUGUUGUCUUCAAUAAGUUCUUUUACUCAUUGUCUUGUUGCUCGCUUUUGCCUCUAGCAAUUGCUAGUUGCUAGUUACUAGUUGCUGCCAUCAAGUGUAGAAAAUCAUUCUAUGUGCUAUACCUUAACUGUUGAGGUGUAUAGUAGAGGAAAAAUUUCUCUUAAGUGCUCCACAAGAGCGUUUCAACGCGAUGCAAAUCUUUAGGUGUCAAUGAUUGCCAGUGAUUUAUAGUAACGAUUAGUGUCACUGAUUGUUUGUGUAAUAAAUUUUCUAUUUUAUAUAAUCAGAACAAUAAACAAGAAGGGGCAUGAUCACAGAUUCAGUCAGCCGGUAGCCAAUAGCACAAAAGCAAAUUUUAUCCAUUGAAGUAUAGCCGAAUAAAUGUGCUAGUUGGGCAAAUGGGGCACUUGAUCCAGAAAGAGAUGCAUAUGGGGUAUAUGGGCAAUGAAUGAUUGCUGCUUUUCUUGCUUAUUGCCUGCUUCAAGCUCCUUCGAUCGUGAGAAAAAAGAGAACAAAGAGGAGCCAAAUCAAGCUAAAAUGUUUGUUGCAACUCGGAAUGGACUAAAAGGGAAAACACUUGAUGUAGAAACACAAGUUGUUAUUGAUAAACUUGAUGAUCUCCAUGAAGCUGGAGAAACUCCUAGUAAUGUAUUUCAAAAAGUGUUUGGUAAAGAGAAUCCAGAAAGAGUUCGAUGUUUUGGAAGAGAUAAAGGCGACUGUUGGCACAAUGGUGAAACACAAAGUCUUUUUGGUUUCAAAUGGAAAAACUAAUUUUUUUUUUGUUCAAUUUCAUCAUGAGAAAAACAUGUAUUUUGUUUACUUAUGUUUAUUAUUUAUUUGACAUGGUAACUUAACAAGUAUGUUAAUUGAUACUUGGAAGACCUUUUUAUAUAUAUGUAAUAUAUAUUAUUAGCUUA